AUGCUGCAACAAUUUUCAAGCAAGUUGCUAGGCAAAACAAGAGAAGCCACGUUCGACGCGUUGUAUUCCCACUCUGCUGGAGGAUGGCAUCAACAAGACGAUAUUGUCCAUCCUUUCAGUGGCUGCGGAUGCGUUAAUGACCACCGACACGUUCAAAUUGGAACAGUCUGGACUUUCGAUCUUGAUAGCGACAUCCUGCGCAUGGAUAAAGAGGGGCAUCAUGGUCAGAUUCCUCUUGAGCUUGCACAUCGGAAUUCCAUUGCAGCGUCUGACUUUGAAUCUUACGAUCGGCCAUUGCGCCCCAAGAGUGUAGCGUCAACUAUAUUCCCACCACCGUACUCGGAACUGAAACGCCGUGAUUUAGACCUAUCGCUUUUGAAGCGACGCGAAGCAUUUUGGCUUACGUACGCGGUCGUCAGAAUCGUUGCUCUGGACUUUACGAUUGUCGAAAUUAAUCUCCCUCGUCGCGGUACCGGUGGCUACUUGGUACGGCUACAGGAUCUUCCAAAUUGGGAGCCGUGGAAUGGAGACAUCAUCCGGGUUGGUGGAGUAUCUAUUGUCAUGUGCCAAUAUGUUGCCUAUGCUACCAGGCUUAUUCGAGCGGAUUUCAAGAAAUGGACAGUGCGCAAUCUGAAGCAAGACCCUACUGGGAUACCCGACGGAUUUAGGACGUAUCUUAUACUCUCGGUGCACGAGCUCAUUGUAUAUCAGAUCAACAGCCACGUUGAAAGAUAUACAAAAGCCAAGCGUCUAUUCGACAACACGGGGGCAUUCUCUCCUGGGGCCGUUGACCUCCUCCUCAAGUCUACACAGCACCGUGCCCCUACGACAUGUAUUGACGAUCUUCCCAUUGAGUUGCAAGAUAUGAUCCUGGACAAGAUUGGCGUAGGACCACUUGAACGGGCCAAACUUGGCUGCAACCUCCAGAUCGGACCUGUUUUUAAGUGGAAGUGUGACGACCGCAGCAUAGAAAGGGAAGAAGGCCGUCGAAACAGAAUCGCUGAGACACCAGUAGAGUCUCAGAUCUGGUUUGAUGGUUGCUUUAGCGGUGUAGCAUAUAAAUAA